AUGGUGAAAACCCGUCGCAGUAACGGAGAGAAUGGGGAGGUUGAGGAAGUGAAUUACACUUUAAACGACGUUGCCAGCGUCUCUGAUGAGAAGGCAUCAAAUUGGUCUCCACGUGAAUUAAGAAGUAGCCAAUAUAAAGUUAAAAGAAAAAUACAGCAUUGGCCAACAAAAUUAAGUCGCAGUAGACUUAGAAGAAUAAGGAUGCCACAAAUAGUAUUUCCAGAAAGUGACACUGAACCUGAGAAGUAUUCAAGACGAUCUCGUCAAGUACGAGUGUUCUUUGCUGAUGACAAUGAACCUACUAAUAGGAGUAUGAAAAUUCGUCGUAGUCGUGGACCACGGAAAAAUUAUAUGGAAGACAGUGAAGAUAAGCCAAUACAACAGAAUGUAAGAAGAAGCUGUCGUAAGCGCAAACUCCUCCACCACAAUUUCAAUGAGAGCUGGAUCACCAAUGAACUGAAAGUCAAGGGUUAUCCAGACCUCUAUGGCUUCCCAGGUUCAAGUUCAUCUGAUGAGACUUCUUCAGGUGAUGAAGCUGCAGUCACAAAUAAGAAAAUGACAAGAAAUAUUCCAACCAAUACAGAUGAGGAUACUCAGUUAUCUCGUCAAAGAAGAACAUCAGCCAGAUUUAACAACAAAAAGGAUGCUACUGAGUCAGAAUCAGAAGAUGAAGUGAAUCAAACUGUGAUAGAAAAGAAACCACAACAAGAAACCAAACCAGAGAAUAAAGAAAUGGACACAGGAGAAGAAAUUACUAAAAAAGAACCAGUAAAGAGUGAUCCUGAACAACCAAAUCAAAACCAAAAUAGUGAGAGUAAUCAAGGCCCUGCAAGAUCUACAAGAGGUAGAGGACGAAGAAGGCAGAAAAAAGAAGAUAGUCAACAAGAGACAGCCUCAGAAUCAUCAUCCUCGGAGUCGUGUAGCGAGCUGGCGUUGGGCAGGCAACCACGCCGCUCCAAACGAACAAGGAAACCGAAACAGGCUUUUGUUCAAAUCGCGCCUAGAGAAACUAGAGGCAGAGGUAAAACAUUCACUAUACGGAAGAAACCAUAUAGUUUAAGGGAGAGGAAACCGAAAAUUCUUCGCAGAAAAACUAUUCGAUCACAAUCACCAUCAAGCAGUAGUAGCAGCAGUAUUACAACUAGUUCUGACACAGAAGAGGACCUAAAUGUUUCUAUGAAAAACAAAACUAAGGGCAGGCAAAAAUCAAAAUCUAUGGAUGAUAAGAAGACUGAUAGAGCGCUGAGGGAUAUACAACCAGUCGAAGUCGAUGGAAGCGUUAGGUUUACUUCUGUGGGAGGCCUAGAAGAGCAUAUAAAAUGUUUGCGGGAGAUGGUCUUAUUUCCUUUAAUGUACCCAGAACUAUUCAACAAGUUCAAAACAAGGCCAGCCAAAGGUGUUUUGUUCCAUGGGCCACCCGGCACUGGCAAGACUUUAUUGGCGAGGGCAUUGGCAAAUGAGUGUAGUUUAGUUGGAGGCAGGAAGGUGGCGUUCUUCAUGAGGAAGGGGGCGGACUGUUUGAAGAAAUGGGUUGGGGAGAGUGAGAGACACCUUAAAUUAUUAUUUCAACAGGCUAACAAAAUGAAGCCGUCGAUAAUAUUCUUCGACGAAAUCGACGCGUUGGCCCCUGUACGUAGCGUGCGACAGGAACAAGUGCACACCAGCGUGGUUGGUACGCUACUCGCCGAGAUGGAUGGCCUGUGCGACAGGGGCGAAGUGAUAAUAAUAGGGGCAACUAACCGUUUAGACGCCGUGGACCCGGCCCUAAGAAGGGCGGGUCGUUUCGAUAGAGAACUGUACUUUCCGCCGCCGCACGCCGCCGCGCGCCGCGACAUCCUGCACAUCUACACGCGCGACUGGCGCCCGCGGCCCGCCGACGAAACCUUGGACCACAUAGCACAAAUCACCAACGGUUAUGGAGGUUCUGAUUUGAAAGCAUUGUGUUCCGAGGCUGUGUUAAGGGCGUUAAGAAGAGUCUACCCGCAAGUGUACGAUAGUGAACACGCUUUGGUUAUCGAUCCGAAAAACGUGGAGGUGCAGAUGGAGGAUCUGGAGCGCGCGAUUCGCGGCAUGGUGGCGGCCGGGGCGCGCAGUGCGCCGCCCGCCGCGCGCCGCCUGCCCGCGCACGCGCUCGCGCUGCUGGCGCCGCAGCUGCGCGCCGCCGCGCCUCUGUUGCGAGCCGCCGCUCCGCGCCCGCACGCGCACAGUACAAAAAUAACCGAAGCUCCGCUGUCGUCGAGCGUGUUGCUGAUUAGCGGUGAGUGCGCGGAGACUCAUAUCGCGCCUGCGCUGCUCGCCCAGCUCGAACACUGCACCGUGAAGGAACUCAGUGUCGCCACGCUGCAUUCGACCCUCGCCUUCACGCAGGAACAGGCUCUCAUAUCGUUGUUCUCGGAGUGCCGGCGCGCGGACCGCGGGUGCGUGGUGUUCGUGCGCGACGCGGUGUCGGUGUGGGGCGCGCUGGGCGCGCACGGCGCCGCGCUGCUGCUGCAGCUGUGGCGCACGCGCGCCGCCGGCGACGACACGCUGCUGCUGGCCACCGCGCCGCUCCCGCACCACCAGCUGCCCGCAGAGCUUCAAGAAUUAUUUCCGGCACACAAGGACUGCGUUUACAGAGUACGAGAGCCGACUGCGUCAGAAGUUAUCAAUUUUCUGAAGCCAAUCAUCACAGAAGUACCUUUAGAACCGCCUAUUAUUGAAAAUAAUGAACCACCUCCUCCUUUACCGAGAGCGCCACCGCCUCCCCCACCACGCGAGAGUAAGGAAGAGAUCGCACGACGCAAGCGCAAGGAGGAUUACAAGUUGCGCGAGCUGCGCAUAUUUCUACGUGACAUCUGUCGGAAGCUCGCCUCCAAUAGGCGCUUCUAUAAAUUCACCAAGCCUGUUGAUCUCGAGGAGGUGACAGACUAUUUAGAUAUAAUUAAGCAACCGAUGGACCUGGAGACGAUGAUGACAAAGGUCGACAUGCACAAGUACAACUGCGCGAAGGAGUUCCUCGAUGACAUUGAUCUCAUAUGCGCUAACGCACUCGAAUACAAUCCAGAUAGGACGUCUUCAGACAAGCAAAUUCGUCACGAAGCGUGUUCGUUGCGGGAUCACGCACAUGCGCUCAUCGACGUUGAGAUGGACAGCGACUUCGAGCUCGAGUGCCAGGAGAUCGCUAAGAAACGCCGCGAAGAGGGCGCCAUGGAGGAAGAUCUGCCCGAUUUCAUUUACACCGCUUCUAAUUUACCCGAGGGUUUCGAUUCAACUGCGAACGAUAGCAAAACUAUGCGGACGCCGCAGAACGGGGAGAAAAGUGAAUCUCAAUCAGCGAAGCGAAAGCGUAGAAGAAUAAAUCCUUGGUCCAAGGGAUUGGUUGUGAAACGGCAGAAGACGAAGAGCUUCAAGGAGGCGCAGCUGGCGAUAACGGACGAGGAGUCGAAGGAGAACAAGCCGGUGACGUCGACGCCGCUGCCCAACGGGUCGGCCACGUCGUCGGGCUCCGAGGACGACGCGCCGCUGCGCCGCCCGCCCGCCGACCUGCUGCCGCACGCGCACCACGCGCCCCACCCCCCCGACAGUCCGACGAAAGCAGGUGAAAAAACACCAUCAAAGGCGUCACCAAAGAAACGUAAUUCGGGACACGAAACUUCAAAUGCAGAAGCUGAUAAAGUACUGAUAAAUAAGACUGAAUUAGAUAACAUUCUAUAUAAGAACGCGAAGGCAUUACGCAGCAUCGGCUUGGAGGCGCUCCUCGAUCUACACACGCAGCUCAGUAAAGCUGUCCACUCUUAUUCAACCAAAUACGAUCGCACAAAAUUGCCAUUGGAACUCCACGUCAUAGUCACGAGGUAUUUGCAGCUGGCCAAAAAAUGA